UAACUGAAUGGUGACUCUAUCCGUGUUGUGAACUGUUUAAAUACUGCUGCAGAGUAAAAUAUUUGUUGAAGGUGAUAAAUCUGUACUGGAUUAAAAGGACUGACAUACUUUUAUAGGAUUGGUAACUUUAAUUAAACUGAUAAACAAUCACGCCCUCGACCGGGCCUCUUAUCUCUGAAGAGUUCAUUGAUUAUUUUAUCGUUGGUAAUAAAUCAAAACUAGACUAUACUAUUUCCACCGCGAUAUCGACACUAUCCCGUGAUACAGCGACUCAAACGGACUGAUAAACGGACAAGAUGGUUUUCAAAGUAGAAGAUCCGGAUAUUCCUUUUGUCCAGUACAUGGACACAGACUGGAUCCAGAAAAUCAACAUCAAAGGCAAAGCUCCGGCCGGCGCAUCCAGGUUUACAAUCUACCUGCAGCAGGGACCGGAAGACGAGCCAGAAGAGGUCGCGUUCGUGUUUGACGCGCGCUUCAAUUUCGGCGCUUCUCAGAACAAGAUCGUAACUAACUGCAAGAUCGAUGGCGCCUGGCAGACGGAGGAGGACAAGGACUGUCCCUUCCCCUUCAAUGAGGAGGAGGACUUCAAGAUCAAGAUCAUCGUUGAUGACGACUCAUUUAAGGUGAAGGUAAAUGGUGAGGAUUUACUGGAGUAUGAGCAGAAGCUGUCCGCGAAGACCAUCAACUGCAUCCGCAUCCAGAACGACGUGAAGCUCACAUCCGUCAAACUCCAGUAGCCACCUUAUAAGAAAUUACACUGACCACUGGCCAGGCCCGAGUUCCAGCUGUGACUUUCAAUAAUAAAGAUAUUCUUAACUGGCCGAAUAAUUGUAGCAAGUUUAGAGGAAAAAAUGUUUACAUAUACGAGGACAACUUGAUCAACCGACUCGCGAGUUUGUUGAAAGGCGUAUAGAAAGAAUGCUAUUGAUGAAAUGUUCUAUAACGGAACGCAUGCGGCUGCUCUUGGCUUAGCUUGACCAGUGGUCUUGGAUUGUUUUUCCAUCUGUAGGCAGCAGACUUAUUUCUCCAGGUGGCUGUGACCUUAUGAUACUCCUCUUAUUGUUGUACUGUUAAUUGUUCUUUUGUAUAACUGAUAUAUCACCUUCUAACAUACUAUUCCAUAGCUUUGUUUAGAAGUCAAGCCAUCUGGUAUGUUAUACACAGACCAUCAGAUGUUUUUGAAUCUAUCAUAUUGAAACUUUAUAAUUAUUUAUUUAAUUGAAACAAUACCAAGCCUUCAUUAUGUAAAUCAUCAACUUGUAAGGCAUCUAUGGAAUAGACAGGCAGCAAUUUAAUUGGUCCAUUUGUUUACUUGUUAAAAGCUUUAUUAUUGGUGCUAAUGUAUUCUGAUGUAUUGGGCAUUUUACUAUACAACUGAAUAAAAUAACUAAUAAGUC